GCUAUCGACUGCCCGAUAGACCGAGCACGCCUCCUAUCGAUUGUAUAGUCUAAAAAAUACAAAAAUAAAAUAAAAGUUAUAUGAAAUAAAGAUAAAUAACAACGAACAAUUUGGUUUGAUGAGGAGCAGCCAGUGGAACACUGUGCGCCGCCAUUGACCAACUUGAGGUGACUAUAUAUACCCAUAUAGAAACAGAUCGAAUUUCCGAACGGUGCAGCUGGGAAUCGGGCAAAGUGAGUCCCGUCAAGGAAUUGCCACGAUGCUAGCUAGCGAUUCCACAGCACCGGACGCUCUGGACGCGCCAGUGGCCAGCACGGCAUCGGCCAACAUCACGGCAACGGCCACAACCACAACAGAUGGUGCCACACCGCCAGACGCUGGCAAGGAUCAGGAGCAGACGGUGGUAACGACCGCACCGGAGGACAGUGGCGAUGUGGAGCAGGACGAUGGCGAAGGCGAUGGUGAUGCCAAUGCCAAUGGAGAUGAAGAUGGAGAUGCCGACACGGAUGCGGAUGCGGAGGCAUCUGCUGCUUUGGAGGCCGAGGAGCGCGAAGAGCUGCAGCAGUUCAUCAACGAGCUGAGCGAGAAGAUCGAGAGCAAGCGGCAAUUGCGGCUUCAGAACUCCACAUUCGAGCUGCCCGGCGAUGAGCACUUCGCCAGGCUGGACUCCAAUCUGAAGAAGAACACGGCAUUUGUGAAGAAACUCAAGCUGUUCACGGCCACCCAGCUGGAUGCUUUGCUGCGGGAGCUAUCCGCCCUGAAUCUGAGCAAGUACAUCUCGGAAAUAUGUGCUGCCCUGGCGGAAGCCAAGCUCAAAAUGACCGAUGUGCCGGCGGUGGUCACGCUGGCCUCUCGGCUGCACUGCACCUACGCCGACUUCGAUGUGCAGUUCCUCGAGGCCUGGCAAAAGGCGCUGAACAUCAAGGCCAGCGAGAAGAUUGGCAAUCCCAGCAAGCUGCGCGUCGAUCUGCGCCUGUUCGCCGAACUGGUCAGCUCUGGUGUGAUCCAGAUGAAGCCAGGUCUGGCCCAACUGGGCGUGGUGCUGGUGCACUUGAUUGCCCAGGACAAGGACGACCAUAGCAACUUCUCGAUCAUACUGUCCUUUUGCCGGCACUGCGGCGAGGAGUACGCCGGCCUGGUGCCGCAAAAGAUGCAACAGUUGGCCACCAAGUACGGCGUGGAGGUGCCCAAGUCGGAUUUCCUCACCGCCGACAAGCAGCUCAAUCUGCGCACCAUGCUCAAGGGCUACUUUAAGGCCCUGUGCAAGCAUGUGCUGGCCGAACAGGCCGAACUGAUGAACAUGACCAAGAAUAUACGCCGCACCAUGGAGUGCAAGGGCGAGAUAUCCACGGAGAAGCGCGAGAAGUGCGAACUGAUGCAGGCGAGCUUCGACAAGCUGCUGGCCUCCGCCCAGUCGCUGUCGGAGCUGCUGGGUGAGCCGCUGCCGGAGUUGGCCAAGGAGUCGGAGUGCUGCAAUCCGGGCACGGUCAUCGACAACAUGCUCGACAGCGCCGCCUUCGGGGUGCUCGAUCCCUGGGGCGACGAGGAAACGCGUUCCUUCUACACCGAUCUGCCCGACUUGCGGCAGUUUCUGCCCAACUUCUCGGCACCCAAAGUGGAUCUGGAGACGCUGGAUGAGCCCACUGAGCUCACCGAGGAGGCCAUCGACGCCAAUCUGGAUGCGGAAAUGGAUAUCGAUGAUCCGCCCUCCACCGCCUCGGACACGACACUGGAAACGGCCAGCGAGGAGCAGUCGAGCAGCACACCGACAACAUAUACAUCGACGCCAACGGCGGAGGAUGUGAAGCCGCACAAGAUGGGCAGCGCUUUGAUGGAACUGGGACGCCAGCAGCAGCAGCAACAGCAACAGCAGCAGCAAAGCCAACAGAACCAGAAUCAGAGCCAGACCCAAACCCAGACCCAGACGCAAACCCAGCUGCGGCAGCAGUUCGAUGGCUUUCUGGUCAACCUGUUCAAUUGUGUGAACAAGGAACUCAUCGAUUCGGCGGCCAUUGAGUUCCUGCUGAACUUCAACACGAAGCAUCAGCGCAAGAAGCUGACGCGGACCAUAUUCUCGGUGCAGCGCACCCGCCUGGACAUCCUGCCCUACCUCUCGCGCUUCGUGGCCAUUGUGCAUCUGUGCAACACGGACGUGGCCACCGAUUUGGCCGAACUGCUGCGCAAGGAGUUCAAGUGGCACAUUCGCAAGAAGAACCAGCUGAACAUCGAGUCCAAGCUCAAGAUUGUGCGCUUCAUUGGCGAGCUGGUGAAGUUCGGGCUGUUCAAGAAGUUCGAUGCCCUCGGCUGUCUGAAGAUGCUGCUGCGCGACUUUCAGCACCACCAAAUCGAGAUGGCCUGUGCCUUUGUGGAGGUCAGCGGUGUCUAUCUGUACAACUGCCGGGAUGCCCGGCUGCUGAUGAACGUCUUCCUCGAUCAGAUGCUGCGCCUCAAGACGGCCACGGCAAUGGAUUCGCGCCACUCGGCGCAAAUCGAGAGUGUCUAUUAUCUGGUGAAGCCGCCGGAGUCGUCCAAGCGGGAGCCCACCAUACGGCCGCCCAUGCACGAGUACAUCCGUCACCUGAUCUUCGAGGAGCUGUGCAAACAGAAUGUGGAGCGGUGCAUCAAGAUGCUGCGCCGCAUCGACUGGCAGGAUCCGGAAACGAAUUGUUAUGCCAUCAAGUGCCUCAGCAAGGCGUACCUGUUGCGCUUCCCGCUCAUCCGCUGCCUGGCCGAUCUCGUCUCCGGCCUGAGCUCCUAUCAGCCGCGGGCGGUGACCAUCGUCAUCGACAACGUGUUCGAGGACAUCCGCGCCGGCCUGGAGAUCCAUUCGCCGCGCAUGGCCCAGCGACGCAUCGCGAUGGCCAAGUACCUGGGCGAGAUGUACAACUACAAGCUGGUGGAGUCCACGCACAUCCUCAACACGCUCUACUCGAUCAUCUCGCUGGGCGUGUCGAUGGACCAGUCUAUCGUCUCGCCCCUGGAUCCGCCCGACAGCCUCUUCCGGCUGAAGCUGGCCUGCAUGCUGCUGGACACGUGUGGACCCUACUUCACCAGCCAGGCCACGCGCAAAAAACUGGACUACUUCCUGGUGUUCUUCCAGCACUAUUAUUGGUUCAAGAAAUCGCAUCCCGUGUUCAGCAAGUCGGAGAACACGUCCGAUUUGUUUCCCAUCCUGGUGGAUCACACCUAUCGCGACUGCCUGGCCGGUGUGCGGCCCAAGCUGAAGCUUUACAAGAGCUGGGACCAGGCCAAGGCUGCCAUUGACCAGCUGCAGGAGAAGCUGUACCCGCAGCUGAAGGCCAACAGUGCUCAGGAUCCAUCGCUGGCCACGAUCAGUGAAAUCAGCGAGCUAGACGAAGGCGCCACCGAUGAGGAUUCGGGAUCCUCGAAUGAUCAGCGGGAGCGACAGGUUGCCGGCCAGGAGCCGGAGCAGAGCAACGAUUGGACGGAGAACGAGACGGAGCCACCGUUGCCGCCACCGCCGCCGCCGGAAAAGUCCAAAGAGGACCUAGAGUUCGAGCAUCUGUACGAGAAGAUGACCACGGACUCGUACCAGGAGCGGCUGAAGGAGCCGAUCAAGGCCACGGCCAAGGACAUACCGGUGCCGAUGAUGGCGCGCCUGCAAAAGAAGUCCUACGAACAGAUAACAGGUGGCCAGACCUCCGGCAGUGCCAACACCAAUGCCACACAGAUCUCAAAGGCGGUCGCCAAUCAUGAGGCAGCGCCCGGCUCUCCAGGCCCGGAUCCGCCAGAUGGCAAUGGCAAUGGAAAGGCAGGAGGAGCAUCAGCAUCAGCAGCAGCAGCAGCAGUCGUGCCCUUCGUGCUGAUGGUGCGCGGCAACAAGGGCGGCAAGCAGCAGUUCAAGUCAUUCGUUGCCCCAUCCGACUCGCAUUUGGCCAUCAAUCUGAAGCUGCAGGAGCAGAAGAUCCGCGAGGAGAAGGAGAAGGUCAAGCGGCUGACGCUGAACAUAACGGAGCGCAUCGAGGAGGAGGACUACCAGGAGUCACUGCUGCCGCCACAGCAGCGCAACUUCACGCAGAGCUACUACCAGAAGCCCAACAAGCACAAGUUCAAGCACCAAAAGGGCGCCCCCGAUGCGGACCUCAUCUUCCACUGAGACGAAGCUGAGAAGCUGCCCCAAACGCUGCUUGCUGCCAGAACCGAAGAAAGCACCCGGUUGGCUUGUGUGUGUGUGUAUGUGUGUGUGUGCGUGCGUUACCAGCCUUUUCAGCCUGGUCAGCGCAUCGAUACCACUUCUGCUGCUGCUGCUGCUGCUACUGCUGCUGCUGUACGACCCCAUCGCCUGAGAUUGUGUACCCACGAAAUCACGGAAUCGAGAGAACGAGGGAGAGCAGCGCUCCAAGAGCCGUCCACUCCGUCAGCCACAAGUAAUGCCCAAAGCUCCCAAGGAUUCGGUUCGAUCCACAUGAGCCACAUUUCAACCUCAAGCCGUACUUAAGCCAACCAAAACCAAUCCAAUUCGAAACCACACUUUGCCAUUACGCAAUCACAGUCGUGGUGCCGCUCAAGCCGCUCGAUAUUAUCGUGUAUAUAGACUACAUAACUGCUACUCCCCCGAUCAGAUCCGAUUCGAUUCGAUUCGAUUCGUAGUCGUAUAUUUUAACACUACAUAGUACGUAAAAUUGCCUAGACUUGUUUCGAAAACAGACCCUAAUGAAUAACAAAGCAUGUAUACAACGAUUUAUACAGAACAUACAUAUAUAUAUAUAUAUAGAAUGUUAUGCCCACAUCCGAUAUUGCCAUCCGAUGUUCGCUGUUCCAUAUUGACAUUUUUGAAUCAAAUGCAGAGUACAGUCUGAAA